AACUUGACAGUAGCGGCGUAAUCUCGUGGCAUCUCGUGACAACCAUAUUUCCGCUCAAUACCGGGUGAUGAAAAAUGACAGCAAACGGAGCAACUUAUUUGCUACUACGUAAGUGUGUAUAAAUAAUUGAACUCGCAAUCGUCCGCAUAAACAAAUUUCGUAGUGAAAUGAGUCAGGGAUCAAGGUACAAAGGCUCCGAUGGUUGUGGAGAGGGACAGUGAGAGAAGAGAAUAAAAGAAAGAAAGAGUAACAAAGAAGGAGGAAUACAAAGCCAUAGCUGCCAUAGGGCAGCAGGCCUGCUGGCGUCCAGUCGCGACGAUCGCGUCGAACUGUGCAGUAACAGGAACCAAGAGCAGGUUAUUCGUUUUAUCCAUGAAAAGGAGAUCUCUAUUCAAUUACAGCCAUGGAUACGGAAUUCUCGGAUCAGUCUUAUCGAAUUCAAGCUGUCGAUCGCGCACGUAAAAUACCCAGCGUGAACUACUUGUGGGAUAAAUCUACAGAGGUAUACGAACGUGUAAAAGGCACAAACACAUUUGUGAAUUGGGCCUUUGACACUGUUGAGAGCGUGGUGAAUACGAUGAUAGAGAAGUCCCUGCCAGUUGCUCGAUUGAUGGAGAAACCAAUUUAUACGCUGGAUAAAACACUGUGUCAGGGCAUCGAUUUCGUCGAAGUAAAUCUACCGAUAAUCAAAGAAGAACCCAAACAGAUAUUAGAUCGCACCAAGUCUAUGGUAUCUGAACGUCUCCGUCCUGCAGUUAAAACUUUUACCGAUUUAAAGCAGGAAACCAAGCAGAGAGUAAGGGUUAUGACGUUACUUACUUAUUACAAGGUUCAUUACUUACGUAUCUACAGCUGGCAACAAGCCGACAAGGUCAUGUCAACUGAAACUGGUAUCAAUAUUUUAAAGACUGUUGACAAUACGACUGAUUUUGCUGAAGUUAUGUUGGACAAGUAUCUACCUCCUCCGGAAGAGGAAAUUCACACUGAUACAGAGCGGUAUUUAUGUAGCGAACACGUUAAGCUACAUCAUACGAUGGAAAGACUGAGCGAAUUCAGUACUCGAGCAUACAGACGUAUUUACUACGCGUUAAUGGAGAGGUUGCAGCAUAUGUAUAAGAUAGAAAUACUUAUUUUGGUGUUACAUGUGCUUGUGGUUAUCCAGGCUAUCAAUUUCUUGGAAUCGGUAGUGAGUUUCAUUUUUAAAUUAUUCAGCGACUGCCUCUUCUCGUCUUAGAAACACGCUCUAGUCCGUUUUAAUCGUGUAUGCGAUAGCACUUAAAAAAUCAGAUUAUUUUUGCCAUUUUUACACAAAAAUUAUGCCCGACACGAGUAUAUUUUACUUGCAAACGGCGAAUUUUACUUAAUGCGGACAUCGUGAAACGUGUGACCAUUCGCGGAAUAAUUUCACGGUCCAAAAUAGAUUAAAAAGAAA